UUUAGCCUACUUCCUGAUUCAUCUCACUUACUUUUUGAAGUUCAGUUAAGAGACGUGAUCAAGAGUGAGCUAUUUCGGCCACGGCAAACGUCAGCGAGUCACAUUAUCACCUCCUCUUUUUCACUUGUAGGAUGGCGUGUACCCAAAACUACUUGCCCCUUUCCUUCCGACGGGCUUUCGAGAGCAAACCGGAGUUAAAUUAAACACUUGAGGCUGUUUCCUUUCGACACGGCGAAGGAAAAGCUCCCCUGCGGCGCGACGCGGAGUCAGCAUCAUGCCCGAAGGGUCGAAGAUGAAGAAGCCCGAUGUCAAGGUUGUAAUCCUGGGGGACAUGAACGUGGGGAAGACGUCCCUGCUCCACAGGUACACGGAGAGGAAGUUCAAAGACACCAUCAGCACCGUCGGAGGGGCGUUUUACCUCAAACAGUGGGGACCCUACAACAUCUCCAUAUGGGACACCGCCGGCCGUGAACAGUUCCACGGGCUGGGCUCCAUGUACUGUCGAGGCGCAGCGGCCGUCAUCCUCACUUACGACGUCACCAACUGGCAGAGCCUCGCUGAGCUGGAGGAGCGCUUCCUCUCCCUGACGGACACGGCUAACCAUGACUGUAUUUACGCCAUCGUGGGCAACAAGGCCGACCUCACAGACCCUAAGGCGCAGCUGCCUCAGGACUCAGACAGAGUGUCAGAGGAUCGAGCCGAGUGUGAGGAGGAGACCGGUUCACAGGUACUGUCCACCUGCCCCACGCCCCCGGCCUCGCCAGCCUCCCUCUCUGGAGUGAUGGUGCACAAACAGGUUGGCCAUGAGGACGCCAUGGCCUUGUAUGGGAGGAUACUGCGCUAUAAGGGCCUGGAGGAAAACGGCAGCCUGCCCGCGGAGAAGAUGUGCUUCGAGACAAGUGCCAAGACGGGCUACAACGUGGACAUUCUCUUUGAGACGCUGUUCGACCUGGUGCUGCCCUCCAUCCUGAGGAAGAGGAACGAGAACCAACAAUCCCCUACAGUAGACCUGGAGGACUGCAGGGGAGGCAACAACAAGCGGGGAAAGACUGCCUGCUGCUAGGGUCUGCCAUGGGGAAAAUGGAGGGGCUGCCACUAACAGAGAAGGACUGCUUUUGUUUUCUUUUAAGGACAAUCAACAAGUUGAUCUGAGCACUGAGGAGAUGAGAUAGUGCUCGCUUGGUUAUCAUGUUCAGCUCUGUUAACAUUAACUGCCUGGUAACACUUACACACACACACACGUACAUAUGUACAACGCUAUUAGACAAUCAAAGUGAAGAAAAACAACUCUAUUUCAUGGUGUUCACUGAUGUUUUAAGGACUGCUAUGUGUGUCUAAGGGAGGAGGUUCAUGAUUGUUAGAUUAUCAAUUUUGAAAACUUCCACCCAAAUGACUGAAAAUGCACUUCGCUCCCAAAGACGUGUAGGAGAGUAAAAAACACUUUUAAUAUACUUACAUAAUAUCACAUGAGAUCACUGCUUUUGUUAAUGUUUUGGAAUGGGAAUUUCACAGAUUUCAUGUUCUGAUAGCACUAAUUGUUACUUGGGAGGCACAUUGCACUGUGUUUAGUUGUCCUAAUUUUAAGGAUUUCAUAAUUAAUGAAAAUCACUUUUUGGUGUUUGCUUUUAUAUGUUCUGUCAGCAUUUAUAUAUCUUUUUGGCAGAUGAACGUGUAAAUGAAUGAAUGAAUUCCACACUGUAAAUAUUGCUGUUAAAUUUGUAAAGUUGAUAUGAUAAUAAAGAGUUUUAUUUUGAAA